AGUCCGGGGUAACAAGGUCCCAUCUCUUCCCCCCAUGUUACGAGUAAUCCUGGCAUCUUCUCAUCUCUCAUCUCUCAUCGCUUUGCUUUCGUUCUUUCGCUCGUUCGCCCGCCGGUCCCUGGAAGCCCCCCCCAAAGCGCCAGAGGGGACAGCUGCUGCCCGUGAGACCGGGUUGCCGGGAGCGGACGCCCUAUCCAAUACAUUAAUCCAUGGCGCAUGUAAGUCGGCAUACGUACGGUAUGUAGGUACAUGUAUAUGUACGACGCGCGCUGUGUGUAUGUAUGUAUGUAUGUAUGUAUGUAUGUAUGUAUGAUAAUUAGUUGUGAUUAAAUAUUCGAUAUUCUAGAGGCGAUUUGU